UCGCACUCAAUAUAUCUUUAUUUUAUAAAAAUCGAAAAAAUUUCGAAGCAACAUUAAGUUUUUUGGUAAAUAAUUUAACUGUUUCAAUUUUUCAUAAGUCUUAGUAAAUUAUUACAGUCAAAAUCAUAAAAAAUUCGCACUAUUGGACUGGUUAUAUGAUUUAGAAACAUUCAUAUACAUAUAUACAAAUAAAUAUUCAAAUUCGAAAUUUCGCGAACUUUCUAAAUUAUUGCAAUUUUGCAUAUGAGUGCAGUUUAUAGUGCAUAGUAAAAAUUAUUUCCGUUAGCGAAAGUACGCUAAACCUAGCCACAGUUGGGAAUAAUGUUCACCGGUACUAUGGACUUGGACUCCAAUCGAAGGGAAGGAUUUAGUUUGUCAAAGGAUAAAUUUAAAAAUAAAUACAGCACUAUCUCAAUAGCAAAACGAUUUCCGAAUAAUUACUCAAACGUUCCGGAUCAUAUUGAAUUUUCAUCCAGCGAUAAUCCAAUACUCGCAGAACGAACCAAUGGGCUCUACCUUAACUGUGCAAAUUCCAAAAAUGGGGUAUAUUACUCCUGUAUAGCGGAUACUGAGCUUCGAUUAGCUAGUAUGCGGAUUUUCGCCACGAUUAUGCUGAAUGCCUGGCGUCGCCGUCGCGAGGAUGUGAAACGUUUAUUGUUGAAAGUAGAAGACCUCAAAAAAGGAUCACAAAAAGCCAAAAAUCAGAUUCAUGUUUACAACACACUGUUUCGGGUCGAACAGAAGCGAAAUGAUGAACUCACUUGUCAACUCAAAUGUUCAUUAGAGAGCGUUAUGCAGGCAAAGUCUUCUUGUGAAAACCUUAAUACCAAUGUGAUUAGUUUAAGGGCGGAACGUGUACUUCUUGAGCAAGAUUUGACAAACAAAAUCAGAGAACUUGAGGCACUUACUGACAUACUAAACCAAACCAAAGAACAACUAUUCCAGUCAAUGGUAGAUCAACAUAAUUUACGCUCGGCCCUUAACAAGGAGCAACGAUCUGUUAAGAUGCUUGAGAAUCAAAAAAAUAAGCUAAUAAAUGAGAAUGUUUCGGGACAAGUGGUACUGAUCACCGGCGGUGGAGGAGGAGUAGGACGCUUACUUUCAUUGAACUUUGCUAAACAGAAUGCUCGUGUAGUCAUAUGGGACAUCAAUCAGGAAGCCAUCAAAACUACCAUGGAUUUGCUCUCCCGAAAUGGGUAUACGUGCAAAGGAUAUGUCGUUGAUAUAUCGGAUCGCGAGCAAGUUUAUGAGCGAGCAGCACAAACAAUCAACGAAAUCGGCAAUAUUGAUAUAUUAUGCAAUAAUGCUGGUGUCGUAUGCUGCCGACCGUUCUGGGACCUACCCGAUCGCGUUAUACAGAAUACAUAUAACAUUAACAUAAUUUCCCACUAUUGGACAGUGAAAGCUUUUUUACCGCAGAUGAUGCAAAAUAACAGGGGUCACAUAGUGACUGUGGGUUCGGUAACUGGCAUGUUAGGCACUUACGGUUGCAGUGACUAUAGUGCAACAAAAUUUGCCUGCGUUGGAUUUCAUGAAAGCCUCCUAACCGAUCUAAAAACACAUGGAUAUGAUGGUAUACACAUGACAUUGAUUUGUCCUUAUUAUAUCAACACGGGUAUGUUCUCGGGUGUACAACCACGAAUGUUUCCUAUGUUGGAACCACAGUAUGUUGCUGACCGCAUACUUGAGGCAAUUCGAAAAAACGAAGUAUGGUGUGUGCUGCCCAAUACUAUACGGACACUCACACCUCUAAAAUGUCUAUUACCCGCGAAAGUAUGCUGGGAAUUAAUGUCAAGAGUUAUCCGUGGUCCCGAAUCGAUGAUGAUGUUUCAAGGGCGUGGCAGAGUUCCCGCAGGAUAAUUUAGAAUGCAAAAUUUUACAAUUGUUUGCAAUGACUAAGAGAUGGUCAUGUUCACUUUAGUUUAAUUUAAUACUCAACACGUAAAUAUUUGUUUUAUUUACUUAAUUAUAAUAUUGUCUAAAUUAUGCCGAAAUAUAAAUAUAUAUUAUUAUUGAAACAUUCUUCAGCUA